AUGGAUUCGGAAACACUCGCCAUGAUCAUCCAGCUACAGCUGGAGGAUCUGGACGCUCUCAAAGCCCGAGCAAAGGGAAAAGGCCGCGAAACAGAUGCGAUCCCAGACUCCGAGAUUGCCUUGGAGCUCUUUCGAGCUGAGCUGGCUGCCCAGGCAGGACUCGUGUCUGACAGAGCUCUAUGCCAGAGCAUGGCCGAUGCAGUUAUCAAGGAUGGGGACGCUAUCGAAGAGUGCCUUGGCGCAGCGAAUAAUAGCCAACCUGAUGCAGAGUCAACCACCAAUCUCGAUGAUGAGCUCAUCGACAAGCUAAAGAUUCUGUAUGUUGACAAUCACGAGGAGCAGUGUUGCGAAGAUCUGGAACUUCCCGAUGCGGAAUCGUCUUCUUGGGCGGCAAGUCGCCAAACGUUCGUCAGCCGCCCCAAGAGGAGCUGCACCAGCUGCGGUGACGACUUUGACUUUACCGAUGUCGCUCGCUGCCCUUGCUCUCACGAAUACUGCCGGGGCUGCCUUGGAAUGCUGUUCGAGACUUCGACCGUUGACGAGUCGCUAUUUCCCCCUCGCUGCUGCAAGCAGCCCAUCCCACUUGAGCGCAACAGAAUCUUCUUGGACUCGGAGCUCGUGGGCCGUUUCAAAGCCAAAAAGCUCGAGCUCGAAACGCCGAACCGCAUCUACUGUCACGACCCAGAGUGCUCCAACUUUGUCCCUCCGCUAUUCAUCGACGCAGCGGAGAACAUCGCCACUUGCGUCCGGUGCCAGAAGAAGACGUGCACAACAUGCAGGGGUCCUGCUCAUACCGGCGACUGCCCCGAAGACCCUGGACUAAAGCAGGUGCUCGCCUUGGCGGGCAAGGAAGGCUGGCAGCGCUGCUAUAAUUGCAAGCGGGUUGUCGAGCUAGGAAGUGGCUGUUACCACAUGACAUGCCGCUGCCGGGCUCACUUCUGCUAUCUCUGCGGCGAGAAAUGGAAGACUUGUACAUGCCAGCUCUGGGACGAGGGCCGUCUUGUGAACCGAGCAGCCAACGUCGUCGACCGAAACCUGCAGGCUGGAAGAAUCAACCCUGCCCAGCAUCAGGAUUAUAUGUGGAGGGCCGUCGCUCACCUGAGAGCAAACCACCAGUCUUAG